GAAGAGGGAAAAAGAACCGCGAAAGUGAACCUCAAUCAAGUCUCUUCUCAUUGGGAUUGUCUACCUAAAUAAAUCCGGAAAGAAAGGAAUCUCCUUUCUCCGCCGCCUCUCUCUCUCUCUCUCUCUCAAUUCCUCUGGCUUUCUACCGUUACAGAGCGCCGGAUCUCAUAUCGUCGGAGCUGCAUUGGAUUACCAUGGUGAAGAAGGAGGCGGUGGAAGAGGAUGAUGUGGAAGCAUUUUUAGCGAGUUUGGAUCCUAAAUCUAAAUGCUGCCCUCCUGAGGUUGUGGCGAAGUUGAUUCAGUCGAGAGCAAUUGGUUGCAUCACCGCACUUUUGGAGCGGAAAAUCGCUCACAAUCGGUUGGAUAUCCGCGGACCGGUGGGGAACUGCCAACUGCCCCUGCAUUAUGCUGCUAAGUUAGGGUUUCACGAGGCGAUCGAGCUGUUGAUUCGCCAUUGGGUUCGUCCCUACCAUGUUUUUUCGAGCUUCGAACCCAAAGAACUUGAAACGAGUGCCAUCGACUACGCGCUCGAGACCAGUUGCAAUGAAUGGAACAAGAAGAUGGAGGAAAGCCAAAGCGGCGGCGGCGCCCUCCUCCUCACCGAUUUGAUCCUCUGGCUGCCGGAAUGGAUCUCCAGCGCCGACAAUUUCAACUGGUGGCACACGGUAAAGCUGCUCGGACGCGCCAAGGAUAAAGACCUGGAGAUGAAAAUCUUCCGGUAUGCAAGGAAUGGCCAGGCAGCGAAGCUGCUCUGGCUUCUCUUUGCUGUCCCUGAUCGAGUUCUCUCCCCAACAUUCUUGCAUUGCCUAACUCGACGCUUGGAGUUGCAGCAUUCACGUUUGGAAGACUACUCCCUCCGCGAUUUCCUUACCUCUCAGCUUGCUUUCGUGGUCGCCGACAUCCGGUGGUGCAGCGAUGGCGAUGAUCCCCAAUUGAUAAAGUCUUUGGAGGAAAAGCGGUCGAUCCUCACCUCUUCCCUGCUAUUACUUGAAGUCUUUCAGAAAGCUGGCACCCAAUUGUCUAACUUAAUCCCAAUUUUGCUAGAAAAAGAGAAACAGCAUCUUUCCAGUUCCCCAAUUGCUCAACAGGUCCAGACUAUCUUAGAAGGAGCUGGGAUCCCUUUAACUUCUCUGAACUGCCCUAUCAUAUCCACCCAAGAUUCCGAGAUUAACUAUCCAUACCCUAGCGGACCGGCCAACCGUAAUAUGAUGCACGGUCACUGGCCAAGAUCAGGGUAUUUGGCCUUUUUAAUUCGACCCACCAGUGUGUGCAGAAGUGAAAUUCUUGAUUCGGAAUUCAACAGGGCUAUAGAGAAUUUAUGCUAUCAUCCUUGUCUGAAGGAUUGGAACCCCCAAGAGUCAGCUUUCAAGUUGCUUUUCAUAUUUUGUCUUCCUGACUUGGUAGAAAAGAUGCAAUGCAUGUUGCAGUUGGAGCUCGGGUAUGGUAAGCCUGCGAAAGUCCUCCACCCCACCUAUCUUGCAAAACUAUGUUUUAUCUACAUCACGGAGGGGCGAAUUGUUGAGUUCACUGCAGCUCUAAUGGCCGUACGAGUCCUUCUUCAGUUUGACCAUCCACUUGGUCCUCAAAUUUCUUACCAUACUGGGGACUAUAUGGAGUAUACCCCAAACUUGUAUGACUUUUUACUGCAUGCUUCGAGGAGAGUUCUCGAUGAAGAAAUCAGCUUGACAGGAAAGAGUGAGGACAAUGUUACUGUUCAGAUUCUCAAGGAGAAAAAAUCGGUUCUGUCUUCUGCAUUUCUAUUAGCACGGAUAUUUGAAAACUCUUCGGAACGUAUUCAUCGGUAUCUUCACUCUCCAAGAUAUAAGGUAAUUCAGGAAUGUAGGGAUUUGAAGAUGAUUAUAGGUGAUGUUGCAUCCUUGCUUGAAGACUCAGGUUUUGUGUUAACAUCCCAGGACAGAUGUGUCAAUCACUUGGAAUGGUACGCCUUGAUGUUGCUUUCUAUCUUUCCCUUUUGACUCAUGAUAGGGAUUAGGGAUGGUGGUUCCAAGUUCAAACAUGAUCCAAAUCCGAGACAGCACGCGUUGUGACUCAUAACGAGCAUGCUCUCUAUUUGUGAAAUUAGGAAUGUUUUUGCCUUUUGGCUUCACCUAUUCAUACCAAUAAUGACUCGCUGCACUUGGAACCAACAUGUUUGCCACCUCUAGUUCUAGGUGGGGUUUUGAUGCAACGAAGGAGAUUGUUGGCCAUUCCCAAUCAUCUCUUAAGACCCCAGUUCGAUAGGAUUUUCUCGAGCAAAGCACGUGUCAACAAAACCGAUAUAGAAGAAAAUUCAUUGUCAUUUGUGCCACAGUUGAAGACAACUCCAUGUGUUAAGUGCAGGGGCAGCAAGCAACCAGAGUGUCCAAGACAAUCAUGUCAGCACGAAACAUCGGAUCAUCUUUGGUUAUUGGUUCAUCCAUUAGCAAGCUUCCAUCGCGAUCAUAUCACUCAUUCCCAAUGAUGGUAAGGUAUGAAGGGUCUAAGGUCGCCAAAUCGCCGACUCUAAAUGGAAUCAACUUGGUUACAAAAAGAGUGGAGGUAGCACAAUGGUCCGCUUUUAAAUUGAAAAGGAGCUUGAAGUUCCUGACAAUGACUAAGGUGUUGCGUUUGUGAUGAUGCUGCUACACAUUCCUUCUAGGCUUUUGCUUGCUAUGUUGUUUGUAUAUUUACACUUAAAACUUUUAUCAUUAAUUCAUAAGAGACUCCAGAGAAGUGUUUCAAAAUAAUGGUUUGUGAAAGAGGAACUUCUAACUUGAGGAAGUAGGCCGUCAUCCCAACAUUCUUGGCUCAGGCCGGCUAUUUGAUCCCGGCACGAAUGCUCUUUCAUUUCCGUUCGCCAAUCUUUUCCAGCAUCGGAGCUAGCCGGAGGUGGGUAAUUACAUGUUUCCAUAUUCAUCACGAUCCCCUAACCUAUCUCGAUGGAGCAGAGCGAGAAUGAUGGCAUCUUCGCUCCGCCACCGAGUAGUACAGAUUGCCAUUGAACCCUCCCAUCACUGCGGCAAUUAUUGCCGCGAGUAGCAUCAUCUACCUCGAGCCCACUUUCCUCCGCCGCCUCCUCCC